AUGAAUAUCAUCGAUAUUGAUGAUAUUUUAUUAAAAAUGCAUUUCUGAUUAAUAUGAGUUUUUAUCUGAAACCGCCUAGAGGAAUUGUUAAUCUACAUACGUUGGAAGCAUGUGUAAAAGAAAGACUUACAUGUUACAAUUUUUUGAAAAAGCAAAGCUUAGAAGUAACUCACUUUCAAUAUUUAGUAGAAGAUAGUUCCUUAGAUCGAACAGGUCAUUUUAUUUUAAGAUUAAUUGCUUGUUCUAAUACGAAAUUUAAGUAUGAUUUUAUAGAAAAUGAGGUACAACUUUUAGAAAUACGACUGUGUUCUUAUGACACACAAGAUUUAAAACUUUGCCUCAAAAGGUUACUUAAACAUACAAGAGAAACUCUAAAUAUAACUACCAAUAAAUCUUUAUUGCAGUUACUUGCAGCUUUAACAAGAAUACUGUUAUUUAUGCUAAAGAAUGCUUAUUUAAAUCACAUAUUAAAUGACUGUGAAGGUUGUAACCUCUUUACAAUUGAAGUUCCUUUUUAUUUUUGUUUGCCAUUAGUUGCAAAAUUAGAAGUUAAUUUGGUAAAUGGAUUUGCAGAGAUUCCAUGUUAUCUUUGGAAAAAAUUGUUGUUAUCUUUGUAUCGAAUUUAUCUUAAUCACGUUAUAAAUCAUAUGAGUUCCAAUGAAAAUGUAGCUUAUGCUUUGGAAGAUCCAAGGGUGAAAGAAAUUUGGAAACAUAUACAAGCUUACAAUUUAAAAAAUGGCGUGGGAAUACAACCACAUUAUGGAAACAAAAUAGAUGCACUAAAUAUUUUCGAGCAAGCUAAGUUAUUUCCAUUAUGUAUGCUAAAUCUAUUUAAAGUAUUGGAAAAGAAAAAUCGACUAGCUCACAAUGACAGGUUUGACUUGAGUUUAUAUUUGAAAGGUAUUGGAAUGCCAAUGUCUGAAUCACUUAAAUUCUGGGAAGAUAUGUAUUCAAAAGAACACAGUACUUGCUCUAGAUGUACACACAGUUGGCAAAAAAAUGAAAAACGGUAUAUUUAUGGAAUUCGUCAUUUGUAUGGAUUAGAAGGCUCAAGAAAGAAUUAUCAGUGUCGAUCAUGUACAUAUUUGCAGACCCGUGUUCUCGGUCCUAGAGAUGAGGGAGGAUGUCCUUUUAAACAAUUUGACGAUAUUAAUUUAAGAAACUUACUGAAAUCUGAUUUCCCAAUAAACUCUCAAGAAUUAGAAGCGAUAAUCAUAGCGAGAAACUCCGAACCUGUUGAGGCUUGUAGAAUGUUCUUGAAAACUGUAUAUAAUCUCACAACUUGUAGAGAAUCUGAGCGCAAUUUUACUUUUAUGAGCCCAGUAGACUAUUAUUUACAAUUAAAUAAAGAACUUAUAGGACGAGAAGAUAGGAAAAGUAAAAAAGUUUAAAAAUAAAUUUAUUUAUUGUUGUUAUAAGUAUUAUAUCUAGGAAUGUGUGCAAUUUUUAAAAUUUAUAAAUAUAGUAUUGCUCAAUUUUUAGAGUAAUAUUUUUUAUGUUUAUACAAUAUAAUUAUACAGAUGUAAAACUGUUUAAACAGGUC